CUGUUAUUCUGGGGCCUGUCCUGGCAGGCCACUGGGAGACUAUAUAAGCCUCCCCCUGCUGCAGCUGGGGACCACUGAGAGCUCAGCAGUGGAAACAUCUCGGCCCACGACGCUCCAGCAGACAUCCAGCAGGCAUUUUCAAUCCUCUCAGGGAAACCAUGCAUCCAGCAUAAUGUCAGCCGAAGUCGCUAUCCAGAAGUUCUCCUUCCCGUUCGCCUGUUCUUCUCAUCUUCCACAGCAAGAUGAGGUGACCCAAAAAGGAUGCGUGCAGGUGAAGACCCUGGAGACUCAGAUUUUAGGUGAAUCGAAACCAGUCGGUGUCACAGGUGCUUUAGUGCACAAUGAGAAGAAGGUCCAGGAGAAUCCAGAGCCUCCAUCUGCUCAGGUGCUGGUCAGCGCCGAAGCCUCCCAGAAUGCCGUCGUCUCCAGACGGACCGUGUUCGAGAAGCUGACGGUGGAAAGCGAAGAUCAGCGUCCGGCGGCGAAGAGGCAGCUGUCGUCCGAGAGCGCCGCCAGGACUAUCACGGUGGUGAAGAAGAGCGCCGUGAGGACGGAGGCCGACGAGUCAAGACACCUGCAGCCGAAGGUGCAGCCAGGACGGAGGCUGGUGACGCCGUGUGAUGCUGUGUCCGGCAAAAGAAAGCGACGGAAAGAUCUCUUCACCAGCUCAGAGGUCUUCCACAGGGUUGAUUCUCAUGUUAUCAGGAUUGGAGCAGAGCUGAAGGAAAAGCGAGUGUAUGAUGUGAAGGCGAUAGUGCAGAGCAUCACGCAGGGAGCCAGGAAUGAGCUGGAGAAACUUCGUGCCAUCUGGGUCUGGCUGUGCAACAACAUUGAGUAUGAUGUGAGCGGGUACCUCGGCCACUCAGAGAAACUAAUCGCACCUGAGGACGUGAUAGCAGCUGGUCGAGGUGUUUGCUGCAGCUACUCCAAUCUUUGUACAGAGAUGUGCAGGGAGGUGGGCAUUGAGUGUCAAGAAGUGCCGGGCCACAGUAAAGGCAUCGGGUACCGUCAGGGCCAGAGCCUCAAGCAUGUGAAAUCUGAUCACCUGUGGAACGCUGUGCUUCUGGGAGGACAGUGGUUCCUGCUGGACGCCUGCUGGGGAGCAGGACGAGUGGAUAUGGAGCACGAAAGCUUCGUCAAAAGGUUUGACGAUUUCUAUUUCCUGACGGACCCAGAGGAGUUAAUAGACUCACACUUCCCCGAUGAGGAAAAGUGGCAGCUCCUAGACGCGCCCAUCGCCCUGGAGGAGUUCGAGAGGAGGGUCUUCAAGACGUCGGCCUUCUUCACCAUGGGGCUCCGGCUGAUUCAACCUCAUCACUUCCACAUCGUCACAGUUGAUGGUGAGGCAAACGUGUCCCUCGGCUUCUCCAGGCCUUCAACUUUCACCUAUGAGAUCACCCAGCACCAGGACCUCCUCCACUGUGGAGCUUCGGAGCACAAAGAGUCCAGCAACUCCUCGUUCGGCCUCCUGACGGUUUCCCAUCGGAGCAUGAAGCUGCAGCUGCUGCCGCCUGCGAGCGGCAGUUACGACGUGAAAGUGUUUGCCAGACCGGAAGCAGCUACCACAUCUUUGAUCUGGGUUUGCUCCUUCACAGUCGAGUGUCCGACCCCCAGGGCGAUGGAGGUGAUCCCAGAGAACCCCUUCCUGUCUUGGGGCCUGCAGCCGGUUGCAGGAUCUCUGGGCGUUGCCAGCAGCAGUCAGGGCAGCGAGGUUGCCGAGGUGGAACAAGGCAUGUUUGAUUUGGUGCUGAAGACCUCCAGGCCUCUGAUGGUGCUGUGUGAACUGGUCCACCCGGAGAUGGAGGCGGCUGUGGCCAAGCGCUGCCUGGCUACUCAGAUCCAACCAGACACCCUGACCUGCCACGUCCUCUGCCCUAUGCAUGGCUUCUACCGGCUGUCGGUGUUCGUACGAGACUAUGAGAAAACAGAAUUGAAGUUCCAGAAUGCUGCAAACUUCCUGUUGCACUGCAAAGGGAAGGUGGUCGGUCCAGAUGAGCUGUUCCCUCCUAACCUGGGCUCGGCAUGCGGACCGGGAACCCGGACGUCAGAAGCCGGUUUGUCCAAAUUCAGUCAUACGGCUGCAGUGGUGAGUACCCAGCAGGGCAAGUGUAACAUCACCUUUUACAACCAGCGGGACCUCGAGCUUCACAGCGUGCUCAGCAGAGAAGGAAACAAAACGGCGGCUUUUCCGCUUUCCCGCCACUUGUUCUGCACGUACACGGACAGCAAGGUGACGGUGAGCGUCAGCCUGCCUGAUGCCGGGGCGUACCGGCUAGGCCUCUACGCGAGGAUCACCCCCGCCGGAGAUUUCAACCCCAUGUGUGACUUUGUUCUGAGGAACAGCUGCGAUCAGCCGGGGCUGCCGUUCCCCUGCGUCUACUCGGCCUGGAGGAAAGGCUGCGUGCUCUUUGAGCCUCGCGCAGGCCUGCUGGAGCCCCUCUCCUGGGUCCGCUUCAGGGUGAGGGUCCCCGGGGCCCAGAGGGUGUGCGUGGUGGGGGAAGCAAGAACUGAUCUCAAAAUGAACAAGAGCAGGGUGUGGGAGGCAGAGGUUUUCAGCGGGAACGGGCUCCAGCAGCUGAAACUGGCCGCCUCCUUCGGGGAGUCCAGUGACAUGGAUGUUCUGAUGACCUUUGACAUCAUGCAGCUGGACAGACAAGUGUGAAAUCAAUGAGCUGCCUUAUGAAGCUACUGAUAGAGUUGAAAAUAUUAGCAAAUAAUUCAAACUGUGAGCAACGAUCUUUCAGGUUUUAGCUGCGUCAACUUAACACAGAUGCAACCUUUUUAAUGCCAGUCAUAAUAAAGUGAAUGGAAAUUGAUUUUAAACUAUAUCGCUGUGACUGUGUAAACUUUUCAGCUAUGAAGCAAUAGACCCACAUGACAAGCUAUUGUUUGAUUCAGGUAGUUUUCAGCACAGAUAAAACUUUUCUAGCUUAAUAAUGGUGCUCAGCAGUGGUGCUCGGCCUUGAUAUGAAACUGAAUAAGAGUGGAUUAUUAUUAUUAUGAGAAACAAAUCUGCAUUAUGAAUGAUGGUUGUCAAAGGGUGUGCAAUAAAAACAUACUGUGAAGACAA